CGGAAUCUGGAGUCCACACGGUGCCUGCUAGCUGGACUGUACCAACAGCAGAAAGAAGGUUGGGGAGGCUUCUGACCGGUUCCUUUCCUUUCUCAGUCUUCCCUAGAUGCACACACUUCACACAUCCCAACUCUCUCUGGCUCCUGGUUGUUACUUCUUCCCUGGUUCUUUGCACCUGGCCCUCUUCCCCGUACUCUCCUGGUUCUUUAUGUUCUUUAUCAACUUGUCACUUGCUCCCUCUCUUUGUGUAGCUUUCUGCUGGUGCUCAGCUUGGAUCUGUUGCCAUGAAUGCUGCAAUUUUAAACCUACUGAGGAGGUUAGCAUUAACCCGCUUCAGAAUCAAGAGGGCAAAAAGUUCCAGGUCCAAUGUUCACGAGAUACACAUCUAAAAAGAGUUUCUCACAGAAACACAAGUAUCUCGGCCAAGAAAUACGCUCUGGGUUUUGAAGAUCUCGCCUCUGCUCCCUCCGUAUUCAGUUCCAGGAACAAACAGUAGAAGUGACUUGCCAGAGCUCCUUACACCUCAUGACACAGAAGCUGAUUUUUGGCACAUACAAACACUAAAAAAAAAAAAAAGAACAUACAACUAGAAAGCUUUACAAGGUGCACAGCAGAUAUCCCUGUGGAAUUAAAUGCUGUGUGCACAGAAACAAGCACAGUGGCUUGUGUUGCAGGUGAUAGCUCAGGGGGAAUUGCUAGUUGACAACAAUGGACUUGAGCACAAAGACUGUGGGAGUGAUUAAAGCAGUCUAAAGACACGCAGAUGCACUAGUGAUUACAGAAGCUUCCUCCUCAUUCCACAGGAUCUGUUGUCAUUGUCACUGAUGAAGCAAGCUCUGAAAUCCUCUACCCCAAUUACCACAACUGCCAGCACCUGAAAUGCUUGAGCAGGCAUAGGUUGAAGGAUGCUCUGCAACAGCCAGGUAUCUCUGAUGACUUGAAAACAAUUAAGGAGAAGAUGGGUAUUGACGGUGAUAAGUCUGUGGACUUUUUUCUCCUCCUUGAUAACAUUCUUGCUGAGCAGGUUCACAAUUUGCCAAGCUGCCCUGUGCUGAAGAACUUUCAGCAGACAGUUGAGCGUCGAUCUGUUGACUCGCUGCUUUUCCUUCUGGAAGACGGUUCAAGAGAAGUUCUUCAGAUGAGCGUUGGUCUCCUUUUCUAUACCUUACAGAAGAACAUUACAGAAGCAGUAGAUCCCUCAUCUCCAGCUGAAAAGGCCAGAAAGCUCAUUCUCUAUGCUUCUCAUGACAUUACCCUUAUUCCUCUCCUGGUGGCACUGGGCACCUUUGAUGGCAAGUGGCCACCUUAUGCUGCAGAUGUGACCCUGGAACUGUAUCAGCACCGGCAGUCCAAAGAAUGGUUUGUUUGCCUGUCUUAUCAUGGAGAGGAGCAAGUGGUGAAAGGAUGUAGAGCAGGUCUCUGCCCACUCGAAGAAUUUCUAGAAGUCCUUUCACAGUACUCAGUCAGUCCAGAGGAGUACAAUAACCUGUGCUCUCAGGUGGAGGAAAAUCAGCAAACUGACUUAUGAUUAAGUUGUCUUAAAUUAAAAUUAGUUUAUUGUCA